AUGGAUAAUAGACGCAGACAGUAAGUAUCUCGUUCACAUUAAUUCUCUUUCACUAGAUUUGAGGAAUCCCUCAAGCAAAAACUCUCACAGAAGUGCUAAGCCAAUCAAUCAGAGGAACAGUUCCUGAUUAAGAGCUUCAAGUUCUUCGAUUUCUCCAACAGUGGAGAAGUUGAUUUCCCAACUUUCUAGAGAGCCAUCGCAAAGAUGGGAGUAGUAGUCGAUGAAGAAGAUCUAGAAGUUUUUUUCAGAGCUUAUGACAGCAAUGGUAAUGGGAAACUAGACUAUAAAGAAUUCUCAGAUAUUGUUUUCAACAGAGCCUAGGCAUCUGGCUCAGGCAACGCAAGCCAAGGCAGACAGUAGGCAUCCACUUACAGAGGACUUAGAGAUCCUAAGCCAUACAUCGAAGCAAUUAGAGACAAGAUCAAGCAGAGAGGUGCUAGAGGCAUCAUAGGACUCCAGAGAGUCUUCAAGAUAAUGGAUGACAAUAACUCUAAAAGUUUGGACAAACAAGAGUUUAAAAAGGCUGUUAGAGACUUCAAAAUCGAUAUUCCAGAUGAAUACAUUGAUAUUAUCUUCGCCGCCUUCGAUCUCAACAGAGAUGGAACUAUUGAUUAUGAUGAAUUCCUUAGAAUCAUUAGAGGAGACUUGACUGCACCAAGACUUGCACUUGUGAAAAAGGCUUAUGCUAAGCUGGACAAAGAUGGAUCAGGCUCAGUAGAUAUUGAAGACAUUAGAGACGUUUAUAACACUUCACGUCACCCAGAUGUUAUUUCAGGCAAGAAGACUAGCGACUAAAUCUUGGUUGAGUUCUUAGAAACAUUCGAGAUGCAUCACAAUAUUUAAAACGAUGGCAGGCCAGAUGGUACCGUUUCUCUUGAUGAAUUCGUGGAGUACUACACCAAUGUGUCAGCUUCUCUUGAUAAUGAUGAAUAUUUUGCCAUCAUGAUGAAUAACUCAUGGAAUCUUUCAGGAGAUGCUAACACAUACAAAAAGCAAGAAAAGGGCUGGACUAAUGCUGAGAAAAAGAAUGCUUUCGUUGGUCAGCCACAUCAAGGAUACAAAUCAGGUGCAGAUGCUGUCAAGAUGGUUGCCUAAAGAUCAGGUAUGAUGAGUUCUGAGAACCCAUUGAGCACAACCACUAGAUACUACAAUAACAACUAUGAAUCUAAGAGGCAAACACCCAGUCUUGCCAACAAUGAGAGAAACUAUGGAGAGCAAAAGGAUCACUACUAAAAAACUGGAGUCCAAAGCAAGAACAACCCAUUCACUCAAAACAAUGAAACUCAUUAUAAUGGUUAUCAUGGUAAGAAAGUUGAUGAAUACGUUGAUAAGCCACAGCCAAAGCAACCUAAGUAUAAGACUUAUAUGCUCUAGAGAAUCAGAGAUAAAUGUAUCUCAAGAGGUGAGAGAGGCCUAUUUGGUUUGAAGAGACUUUUCCAAACUUUCGACACUGAUAAUAGUGGUCAACUUGACUUCAAAGAGUUCAAGAGAGCUAUUCUAGACUUCAAACUUGACGUUGAAGAAUAAGACAUCCAAAAUAUUUUCAAGAGUUUUGAUAACAAUGGAGAUGGCGUCCUUGACUUAUCAGAAUUCAUGGAAAUGAUGCUAGGUCAGCUUGAAGGUGCUAGACUUCAAGUAGUUGAUCAAGCCUUUGAUAAACUCGAUCCUAAUGGAACAGGCACUGUACAAUAUGCUAAAGUUAGAGAACUUUUUGAUGGAAAGAAACACCCAGAUGUAGGCAAUGGAAGAAAAACUGAAGAGGAGGCUGUUUCAGAUUUCCUUGAGAUCUAUGAAAUUCAUCACAAUACAUACAAUAACUUUGAAAAGCAACCAAAAGUGACAAGAUCAGAGUUCAGAGAAUUCUACAGAACCCUCAGUCCCACAAUUGAAGAUGACCUAGUCUACUUAGCUAUGGUCAAAGGAGUUUGGGGAGUAAAAGAAUACAGACCAGAUGUGACUGAAAGAAAUUUCGCUGGAGGAAAACCAGACGCUGUUAACUCUAGAGACAGAUAUAAUAAGGCUAACAGCAACAAGCCUCCCCCAUUCGGUGUCAGUCAAUCAGAAAAUCCAUAAACUUGGACUAGUAACAACUAGGCUCAACACAAGAGACCAUCUGCUCAAGAGCAAGAUAACAGAAUUGCUGGAGCCCCAACAAAGCAAUAAUUAUUUGUUCAAUAGCAAAACAAAUCCCAAGGUGGAGGAAGUCAAUAUGGAGGCAGUUAAUACGGAGGUGCUUCUCAAGUAGAGCUUUUAGAGAGAUUUAGAGAGAGAAUGGCAGCCAGAGGUGCUAGAGGUAUAAUGGGACUUAAGAAAGUAUUCAAGAUUAUGGAUGAUGACAACAGCGGUUUCUUAGACAUCUACGAGUUCAACAAGGCUCUUAAGGACUACAGAGUUAAUGUAAGUCCAGAGGAAAGCAGAAAGCUAUUCAAAAUCUUUGAUAUGAACGGAGACGGAAACAUCAGUUAUGAUGAGUUCUUAAGACAAGUCAUUGGAGAGAUGAAUCAAAACAGACAAAGACUUGUGAAGAGAGCUUUUGAUAAGCUAGACAAGAACGGAAAUGGUAUAGUUGAGCUUGAUGAUAUUAGAGGAGUUUACAACGCCAAGAACCACCCUGAUGUUAAGCUAGGCAAGAAAACUGAGGAUGAAGUGCUGACUGAAUUCUUAGAUACCUUUGAGGCUCAUUUUGAGCUUCUUCACCCAGGCAGUAGAGACAAGAAGAUCUCAUUCGAUGAGUUCGUUGAGUACUAUAACAACAUCAGCAUGUCAAUUGAUGAUGACAGAUACUUUGACCUUAUGAUGACUAAUGCCUGGAAUCUAAAUAACACCUCUUACAAGAAGGGCUGGGGCGCUGAGUAUUGA